AUGUUUAGGCAAUUAUUUCUAAAGAAAUCAAUUGUGUCUUUCGGCGCACAACAGCGCCUAUUGACAGCAGCAUUCAUUUAUGCCGGGCGGAUCACCGCCACCACUGCUACCACCUCGGGCACGAUAAACUACCACUACCAGCACCACCAGUCACUGCAUACUAGCAGCAGCAGCAGCAGCAACAACACACAUGGCCGUAUUCCCCAGGAUUCAUACAACGACGAUAAUGAUGGCGAUACAAAGGAUUCCGCGGGAGUAAGUGAUCUUCAGCACGAGGAGUUUUGCAAACGGUUUUCAAAAAUCAUCCAAGCGGCAAAAAUGAAUCCUCUGAAGCCAUUGCCCGUCGACGAAGGUGUGCGGAGAGCCGAUGAGCAGCUUGCCGGUGUACUGGAGGAGAUGUUUGCCAAGAUCAAGGUCGAGGUUACACCGGAAUUGCUCGAGAGAAGACGUGUGUUGAGGGAGAAGUAUCCUGCUUUGUUUAAGGAUAUUUCUGAUGAGGAUUUAGAUUCAAAGUAG